CCUUUCCAGGUAGUGAUGUGAUUGCCCCAUCUGCUGCUGUGCUGGACUGUCAAAUGUCCUCUGAUUCUCCGUUUAUCUAUGCCCAAUAUCUAGAUUGACUGCGUGCUCAACUGCUCUCUGGCGACAGCUCACCUCUCCAGCUAUCCUGGGCCCGCUCUGAUGGCGCGGCAACCGCCCUCCACACCUGGCAACGCUACGGGAGCUUCAACGUCGUUCUUCUCGCACUUUCAUGACAGUGGGUCCGCGUGGAACGGCGUAUCGGGCUCCCACAGAACAUCCUCAAAUGUGGUCUCCUCACCUGUCUCUCCCUACCACGACCAGAACACAUACCUCAUGCCGACUAGUCCCUCGAAAGGCCGUCGAGGUAGCGCCGACUACCGUCCCGGCAUCAAGAAGGCCCUGGGGAAUGUCCCAGCAUGCCUGGUCAACGCUUCGGUGACGUAUUGCGGCAACGAUCAGAUCUACGCCUUUGGAGGUUUCGACCAGUAUACCGAUGAGGUGUAUAACCAUGUCCUCAGGCUGAACCUGAAUACGCUGCGAUGGGAUCUCGUGGAUAAUUAUGGAGAUAUCCCAGGUGUUCGCAUGGGACACACGGCCUCCCUCUAUCAAGGCGACAAGCUGAUUGUCUUUGGUGGUGAGAAUGAACACCGGGAAUAUCUAUCCGACAUUGUCAUCCUGGACAUCAAGACUUCUACCUGGGCGCAGCCAGAUGUGCGAGGUCCUGUUCCCAGAGGAAGAGCCCGCCAUGCAGCCGUGAUCUACGAAGACAAGUUGUUCAUCAUCGGGGGUGUAACUGGAGAGAACAAUCACAUCCUGGACGAUCUGUGCUAUCUGGACCUCAAGACCUGGACCUGGUUGCGGACUUGGAGUUUUACGGCCCGUUUUGAUCAUACGGCGUGGGUAUGGGGUGGUCGUCUCUGGAUCUUCGGCGGUCUUGGCCCGGAUAUGGAACGGACAACCGACAUCUGGUGGCUGGAUCUGAAAGGCAGUCCAUCUCUAGGCAUCUCGUCCUCACAAGGUACCGUGGAGUCCCCAGUUAUGCUCAGCAGGAUUGCUCAUGUCCCAGGCUCCACGUUUAGUCCCUCUCCGCAGCUGUCAGGCCGGUCCGGUGGUUACGCAGCAAAUUCCGGCAGCGUACAGGUACGCAACUAUGGUCGGCGAAAGCCCAUUGCUCCGGGGGCGAUCUCCUCUCUCCGGUUCCACUCUGGUCCUCAUGUUCCUGCACUACUUUCCGGGACUCACUUUCAUGUCUAUUCUUCCGGCGUCCUUCUGGAUCUAGUCAGUCCUUCGGAGACAGUACGGCCUUUUGAGUGUAACGUCUCGUCGCUAGAGUUGGAUUCCUUGCGUUGGCAGAGACUUGCUGAUGGACAGGAGGUCUUUAGGCCUGGCUACCGUUGGCAUUAUUGUACAAUCAACGAAAAGGGAACCAAAGCUUGGCUGCUCGGAUCCAACUUGGAAGUUAACAAUGCUCCCGGAAUGGGCGAUGAUAACCAGCUUAGUGAAGUUCUCUUCAUUGAUCUCGAGAAGUAUGGCCUCCUGGGGAAUGACCUAGUAUCCGAAGCGACGGAGCAGAACAGGAUCUUGGCCUCAGAACGGCAGGGCCCGAGCAGGCUCUCCGCUCUGGGGAGCGAUCUUGCUGCCGCUUUCGACCAACCUCCUGAGGCAGGUAGCGGAACAGACUUCAUUAUUACUGCAAACCGGGAUGACUAUGAGUACUCUGUCGACGGCGAAGAAUCGUCCCCAUCGCCUGCCCCAGCCUUCCUUCCACCAGACGCUGCGACCUCGCCGCCUAUUCACGUGCACAAGAUCAUCCUUCAGGUUCGAUGGCCGCACUUCAAGCGCCUUUAUGCAUCGCAGAUGGCCGAAUACCAUGCAAAGAAGAUGCAUAUUCCCGAACCUUAUUCGACUGUCCGGGCGUUCCUCUACUAUCUGUAUACGGACAGCAUCGCUGGACAUCCAGAGUACUGCUCCGAUAUCAUAGAUGUAGCAGGCAUGCUAGUCAUGGCUAAUCUUUACGACAUGCCAAAACUGCGACUGCUGUGUGUCAACCGUCUCAGUCGAGAAUUGGAUGUAGAGAAUGCCGCCAUCGUUUGGGAACGUGCUGGACGAACCAAUGAAGAAUGGCUGAGACGCCGCGCCGCUCAGUUCUGUCUCACUCACUGGGGGCGGGUUGUGCGCACGGACGGCUUCAAGUCCUUGAGCCGGCAGAGUUUGAUCGAGCUGUGCGAGGUAGUCGACACAGAAGGACGAAUCCUUGCUGGGCCAGAGCUGGAACUGGUCGGGGCCUUGGGUGCCGACGGUGCGCCUCUGAGCCGGGACUCCAAGCGCACUCGUUACGCAGUGAUGGGCGGUAAUGUCGCCGAGGACGGCGAUGAUCCAGAGGACGGGGAAGACGAUGGCAUGGAGUUGUCCUAACUACAGGAACUUCAAUUCUAUCUUAUGGCUUGCAAAUGCGGUGUUUGAGUGUGGUUUGCCUGUUUAUUCGCUUAACGGAUGCAUAGGGAGCAUAGGAUACUGCUUCCCAACUAUCAGGGAAAAGCAUUGAGAUGGCGUUAUGAUUCAUGAAUUAUACUCAAGAAUGACAGUCUCUUUUCGAAUUCUCA